CCUCCCCUUUAAGAGACUGUCCCUUUAACAAACUUAACCUGGACACACCUGAACUUCCACUAAAGGAGUUUCGAUACAAGUUAGUAGAGGAAAAACAAUACCGAAAAAACAACAUCCUGUACAGAAAUAUGGGGACAGUGGACACGGGCCCUCCUGGACCAGUAGCGGUGCCCCAAACGCCUCAGUGGGUAGCAGAUGUGGACAAGGUAACAAAGUAUGAGAACAGCACUAAGGAGGAAGAGGAAAUUAUCAAAUCUGCAAAUAUGGAACCCAGUACCCUUCCGUGGCCUGAGAGUAAACACGAAGCACAGAUUCUGCCAGUCAAGGGUGGAGAGAGCACAAGCAUUAAAUCAGAUUGCAUCUCACUCCGGGAUGGUGGAGUGAGCCGGACGGAGAGCGAGAGGGAGGAAUUUAGGCUGAGAGAGAAGGAGGAUACGUGUGAGGGAUGGAGGAGAAUGGAAGCAGGCAAAGAAUGUGUUUCUGACACUGAGCUGAGAAACCGAGUGAAAAGCACCAGCUCGGAGAUAGAGGUGGAGGAGGUGAACAUCAUGCCAAAGAACGCAGCUCGAGUCUUCAGCCCCAGCAUCACCAUCCUGCGCUCCACCAGCCAGCAUGAGGCUGCACACCCCGAGAGAUAUGAAGAAGAAGAAGAGAGGAGCCCCUUCCUGGGGACACAUGGAACACCAGUAGAAGAGUAUUACAACGACUGGCCCAUCACACCCAAAUCACAUUGCUGUGGAUAUAAUCGUGAUGCUCUUAAACUGGGCUCGUCCAUGUUCACUUCUGCCCUGAUCUUCCCCUUGUUGGUGUGGGGCGGUUACGCCUUCCUGCCCUUUGAUGCCCCUCUGCUCGACAGCGCCCCACUACGGCUGGUCUACACACUGCGCUGCUCUGUUUUUGCAGUCAUACCUAUUGUCCUUGGUAUGUUGGUACUAGGUGUGUCCCGUCUGUGGUAUCGAUCUUUGAAGCCGCGGUUUGAUGGGGAGAGGGAAUUUAAGCAGGUGGCAGUUCACCAGCGCUAUGUGGAGGACUCUAUCUCCCUCUUUCUGCUUUACUUCCUCCAGCUGGCUGUCAUGGCUGCCUACCUGAAUCAAGAUCUUCUUAAACUAGUUCCUAUUCUCACCAUCGUUUUUGCCUUUGGCAGGUUACUGUACUGGGUCGCAGCAGCUUGUGACAGCAGUGUGAGAGGUGUUGGCUUUGGGUUCUCAUUUUUGCCAAUGCUGGUUAUGCUGGUGGCCAACCUCUACUUCAUCUUCCUCUCUGAAUCUGCAGGCUCCAUCUUUGCCCCAGACAUCCCAGAACCACCUGUUCCUUCAACCAAACAGCGAUUCUGGGGCUAAACAUGUCACAUCUGGCACCUCUGCUACUGCCAACUGUAGACCAGAUCUCUUUGGGCUUAGAGCCAUCUUAAAUUAGACUAUAAGAAAUUUGUGCCUGAUAAUGUUUAAUCCAACUGUGAUUUCAUUUUCCUCUUCUGUACGUUGUUUUUACCUAAGUACAUUUAUGCCAUGAUGGGUUGGUUGAAAUUGGCAGAAAUCCAGUCAAAGGAAAGAGAGGAGGCUAGAACUAAGGGGGAAUCAUUUUCUUUUCUUUUGAACUAACUUAUAAAUAGAAGUUUUGUAGUGAAACUUGAGACACUAAACUACAAAUUAAAAUGAGUUAGCUACCCUUUAUUGCAGUCAAACAUGAGCACAGAGCAUAGACUGGUUUCAACUCAUCUAUUUUAAGAUGAGAAUGUCAGCAAAAAGAAAACUAAAUUGCAAAUAUUUACUCCACAAGUAAGGUUUUGUUGUGUUUUUUGUUUUGUUUUGGGGGGUUGUGUUUCAAGCCUAUGUGGUGUGUGAAGUUUAGAGGCCUGUUCAAGCUUGUAUUUUUCCACAACCACUCCCUUUGUUUAUUUAAGGGCAAUGUGACGUUUACUCUGUGCAGAGUGGAGACGUAAUAUUUUAACACAAAUUUGUAAAAAUGUAAAGGUAUAACUCCAAACAAAGCUGAAAAGAGAUAUAAUAAAACUAUGCAGCCUAGCGCAAAACUGCAAAUGAAUUUAUUAAACCGAAAGUAACUUGUUUAUAUUUUCAUAAAAUUUUUUAAAAAAAUACAAUAUUUUGUGAAUGGCUGUUUUUGUGCUUAAUUUUAAAAACGUUGUAACGUACAUUCUAUUCGAUUGUGGUCGUUUCGAGCUGGCUGAACAAGGUCAAUUGUUUACCUUUUUUGGUCGGAGGGCAUAAAAAGUAUUUCCUACUACCUGCUGUCAUUUGAUAUUUGGAGUACAUGGAAAGUUGACGGCAAACCUCCAGCAGCAUAAAUUCUAAUACUUUGGCAUCAUAUGCUAUAUGGUUAUAAGUCUUGAGGCAGAAUGGCAUCUCAAGGCCGAAGGAAACACAGCGCUUGUCUGUUCCGAACGAGGGAGAACUGUCCGUUUCGAAAGCUGAGGAGAAACGUGUGUAAUGACUCGAGGAGCACGCUCGUGCCCACUGGAGGCCAGUGGAGGACAUUAGAAAGCCCAUCCGGGUCAAAUAGAGCCGUCCGCGUCGAGACCUUCUCCAAACCUUCUCAGUCUGAUUCCCACCUGCAAGAGGAGUUCUCGGCCAUGGACACAGAUAUGGAUCCGCCAGCUGGUUCGGGUUAUGCUGUAUCAGAUGCUCCAGGACCUUCCAGCUUAAGCUUCAUUAACCAGCAGCACCGCCUGUCCUCCAGUGAGACUGUCAUGGAUCUGGACAGUGGAGUGGACCCAGAGACAGGAGAGCGAGCCCAGGGUUGAUAUCACACAUCUGUGGCAUGAUAUUGAAUGCUGGAUGUGGCAACCCAAGACUAAAAAUCUGGGUAAAUUUCAAUGUAUUUUGUCUUUAGGCAAGGCGCGCAAACAGAUUCAAUGCUUGAUGAUGACAGAUUAAGCCGAUUGCCAUUCAGCACAGCCAAAACUGCAGAUGGAACUUGUUUGGUGGUGUUGAAAUGCAAAUACUGAUUCGUCUUAGCAUCCAAAAUAUUGUCAGAUGACAGUAAGCCUGUACAGACUUGCAGAUAAACUGCUUAUCAUGUAAUUUAUGGGUGGUCUUCCCUUCUAGAUUGUUUGAUGUUUAGUAAAUCUAAACCAGGGGUGCCCAACCCUGGUCCUGAAGAUCUACUUUCCUGCAGAAUUCAGCUCCAACCCUGAUCAAACACACCUGUCUGUAAUUAUCAAGUGCUAAUUAGUUGGUUCAGGUGUGUUUGAGCAGGGUUAGAGCUAAAUUCUGCAGGAAGGUAGAUCUACAGGAACGGGGUUUAUUUUCAUCCUUUUAAAUAUAUUAUUAUUUUUGUUUUUAAAUUCUGUGUUUGACGUUACAUCGUUAAUGUCAAAAUGGCAUAUUUUUCUGUUAAUGACUGGUUCCGUAAUAUGACAUUUGUUGAAAAAUUAUCUGCAUAUUUAAUACAAAAACAGGUGGUAACUUUACAAUAAAGGUCUCCGCAUUGACCAAGAUUUAUGGCAAAGUUUUGGUCACUGUUGUUUUAUGUUGGCGUUUAAUGUUAAUGAUUGCAUGUACUAAAUACAUGAAUACAAAUGUCAAUGUAUGAACAUUAAUUAAAAUGAACCUACAUUAA